UUGUCGUAAAUGACAUCAUGCAGCGCGCGGUGUGUCUCGGUCUGCGACAUGGCUCCUCCGAGGUGUAGCGGUCACUCAGGAGGUUUAUUUAAACCCCCCCGAGAAGCUCCACUCGGUGGGAAGUGAUGCAGCAGAAACUGUGCUCCAGAGGUUCAGGUUCCUUCCUCUUGGAGAGGAACGGUCAGGCCUGCGGCGCCAUCAUAGACUCUGUCGCCUCUUGCGCUCUCCCAUUCCGCUGCCCCCGCUGUGGUGAGCAGGAGUGUUUUCACAGUCUGGCAUCGCUUCGCACACACCUGGAAUACCGACACUCGUACCACUCACCAGACGUGACCUCUGGAGGCUUCAGCAUCACGGGAAAACUCCCUGACCCACUAACUGCAGCGAUCCCCUGGCAGGACAUGAGCCUCCCGACCCGCAGGGGGCAGCAGAGCGCCGUCAGACCGCCUCAUGUCCGCUCCCUCAGUGACAGCAGAGACGGUGGAUACCUGCAGUCUUACAGCUCUGUAAGAAGGCGUACCCAGAGUGUUGGGGUGGGGACACAGGCUGAGGAGGAGGAGGAUGAAGAUACAGGAGAUGAAGAGGAGGAUGAAGAUGAUGAUGAAGAAAGACAUGGAGGUAGAGAUAAUCCGGACACAAAAGUCUCUGUCAGAAAGUCUGACACUUGCCACCAACAUGCCAACCAUCAUUACCUCCUGUUCCCUGCUCCAGCUGCUCUAGACCUGAACCCAGACGAGGACCUGGACCUGGUUGCCCAGAGCUCCUUCUCUGGAGCGGAGACGGCGGCAGCCUCAGCAGCGGUGCGUCGGCGGCUGGCCCGGAUCCUGCGGGCGGCCGACAGCACCAUGCAGCGUCGGCUGGCCCAGCUGAGCACCGAGCUGGCCAGAACCGACACAGAACUGCUGUGUGAGCGUGCUCACUCGCAGCAUCUGGCCCAGGAGCGUCAGGAGGUGGCGGACAGGGAAAGGUCGCUGAGCCGGCAGGUGGACGUGGCCGUCAUGGUGAUUGCUGCACUGAAGGAGCAGCUCAACGCCUCGGAGAAUGAGUUGGAGCGCAGGGAGAGGGAGGUUUUAACCAUCCAGAAGUUUCUGGAGGCAGCGGCUCGGCAGGAGACCAGCGGUAAAGUUAGGAUCCAGCGUUUCAUUGAGAAUCUGCUGGGUCGCAUCUCCCUAGCUGAGAAGCUGGUGGAGUAUUACCAGGCUAACGGCAGCCCGCCACAGUGCAGCCACUACAAGCAAAAUGAUACUGGUCUUCAUCGAAUCAUUAAGAGCAGGUCAGCAGGAGGUCAACUGUUCUCCUCUGGUCUCCAUGACGAUAGAGCACAGUCCUCGUCCUCCUCCCAGUUUGGUCCUCAGUUUUCCAAAGGCUUGGAGCGGGAACGCCGGGAGCGUCUGGCCCAGUCGUCCAGGCUGUUCUGUCGGCCCGAACACAGAGACGGCAUCUGGAACCACCAGCGGUGCCGGUCCACCGGGUACGAGGUCUAGAACUGUAGAAAAGGACUAGAGAGAGGGGAGUCAGUGUUGUUAUUGAGUGGGUUUAUUCC